CACCGGUGACAGAAAACAGCAGCCAUCCACCCCGGAGGAGCUGUUUUCUGACCCCAGCUGCAGCUAUGAGACGAGGAGACCAACUGUAGGAGACGUGGACACUGAUGCACCUUUAUCACCGGCUCUGCAGCUGACUGAAGGGUUGGACUUGUGGUGUGCAGGAAGAGUACUCCCGGGGAGGCACAACAACUGGCUUUACUGGAGCAUUCCAAGGAGGCUCUUUUACAUAUCUGUUUUACAUAUUAAGGAGCUACAUCAAUGAGGACGCCCGGCAUGGCGGUAUUCAAGCAAGAGAACGUGGAGGAUUUUUAUGAAAUUGGAGAAACACUGGGAAGUGGGCAGUUUGCGAUUGUCAAGCGAUGCAUAGAGAAGAGCACAGGCAAUAAGUACGCGGCCAAGUUCAUCAAGAAGCGCCUGAGCGGGGCCAGCAGACGGGGUGUGAAAAGAGAGGAGAUUGCGAGGGAAGUGGACAUCCUGCAGCAGCUCCAGCAUCCCAACAUUGUAGCGCUCCACGAUGUUUAUGAGAACCGCACAGAUGUUGUGCUUAUCCUCGAACUGGUUUCUGGAGGAGAGCUGUUUGACUUCUUAGCUCAAAAGGAGAGCCUCAGUGAGGAGGAGGCCACUCAGUUUAUCAAGCAGGUCCUACAUGGAGUGCAGUUCCUCCACUCCAAGAAGAUUGCACAUUUUGAUCUAAAGCCUGAAAACAUAAUGCUGCUGGACAGGGAUGCCACCUUACCCCGCAUCAAAAUAAUAGACUUUGGACUAGCACACAAAAUACAAGAUGGGACGGAUUUCAAAAACAUUUUUGGCACCCCUGAAUUUGUUGCUCCAGAGAUAGUCAACUAUGAGCAACUGGGCUUGGAAGCAGACAUGUGGAGCAUCGGAGUCAUCACAUAUAUACUUUUGAGCGGCGCGUCACCUUUCCUCGGUGACACAAAGCAGGAAACUUUAGCAAACAUCUCAGCGGUGAACUACGAAUUUGAUGAAGAGUUCUUCAGCAGUACCAGUGAGCUGGCCAAGAACUUUAUCAGAGGGCUCCUGGAAAAGGAAAAGAGGUAAAAGAGAAAAAAGAAGAAGAAAGAAAUUAGGUUACUAACAAAUAGGUCAAGGCCAAAGUCCUGCGGCCACAUGGAGGAGGACAGCGCUGCCUCUGAGAAGAAAGCAAAGCAGUUGAAGACAAAACUGCUUAAAGAGUACACUAUCCAGUCGCACUCCAGCAUGUCCCAAAACAACACAUAUGCCAACUUUGAGCGUUUUGCCCAUGUGGUGGAAGACAUCGGAUUAAUGGAGACGGGAUUGUCCGAGGUGGCGGAAGCUUACCGCACCCUGCAGGGUGACAUAGAAGCACUGCUCUCCAUUUACAAUGACAAGGAAGCUUGGUACAAGGAGGAGCGGGAUACCGCAAAGAAACAGCUCUCGCAAGCCUGCCACGAGUUUCGCAAAGUGGAGGCCACCAGGAAGCUGGUGCAAGAAGACAUGAAGGCAGUAGAUGUUUGUCUGGAGAGCAUCAGCAAGAGGUACAACCACAGGCAGGGCCAACUGGAUGCUCUGAGGCAGGAGCUGAACUCUGAGCUCCAGUGGCUCCAGGAUCUGAUGGGCUCUUUGCAUCCUGAGGGAACCAAUGGUAGCAUCCAUAACAGAAGUCUGAGCACACAUGUAAAGAAAGCACUGGAGGACCUGCUGCAUCUGACUUGUGACGGAGAAGUCUGCUCUGAGGCUGAAAAGCCCCUCACUGAGUCUGGCUGACAUAAACCAUUGAAAAAUCUUCUAAGAGUCAACAAUUUUUCUUUUUGUUUUUUUUUUUUGUUUUUUUUU